GCAUAUUUAAGUUGUAUUUUAUUAACACGUAAAAUGUGAGCUUCACGUUUCUUGAGAGUCAAGACACAAGUCAACCAAGAGAGCUGAUGAAAAAGUUCAUGCUUAACCCAUUUAGAUUCUGUCCAUGGUUCUGAUGCUAUCUUGACACAUACAACUACUUGGAAAAUACUCAUCCCUGGGAUCAAGAUAAGCCACACUGACUAUGUUGUGUGUCUUCUUGUUUACACUGCAAUUUUCAGAGUGUAGAAAUUGAGAUUCUUACAAUACAGUGAAACCUUCCUGCGUAUGGGCUUCUUGAGACUGGGACACAUUCGGAUCACCUCCUCAGGAAUCAUUUAGUAAUUGCUGAAUCAACUUCUUUGAUUUUCUCCUUCCUACAUUUUCGUUUUGCAAAAAAUAUACCUGCCUGACCUCAUCACUUUUCAUUAUGUAUCAAGACCUCUCCCUUCAUAAAUGCUUGGUCUGCCUUUCUUAGCACCAUUAUUGAAGAGAGAUAAGGUAGGAGCAUGAACGUAAAGCUGUGAUUUGGCCAUUCUCUACAGAGAACAGAAAAAUCAUGACAUGUAUAGAUAUAUAUGGUAUGUUAAUUCAGUCUGGAAAAGUAGAAUUCUUUCCCCCAAAAUUGUGAAUCUAAUGGUCAAAUUUGUUUUUAUUAUAUUUUGGAGAGUGUAGAUGUUUGAUCCUCAACAACUCUAACGAGGAAAGUAAACAAUGAGGCCACAGGAGGUCCCCUUUAUAAGAAUAUAAUAAAGGUAUAAAUAACAUAUGAGAUUUCUUCCACCUUCCUAGAUUUUGAAUGCCCAGUGAAGUCCUGGGCAGAAGAAUGAUGUGUGAAAACUGGACAAUUGUCAGUGAAUUUGUUCUUGUGAGCUUCUCAGCCCUGUCCACUGAGCUUCAGGCUCUACUGUUUCUCCUUUUCGUGAACAUUUACCUGGUUACUUUAAUGGGCAAUGUCCUCAUCAUCCUGGUCACUAUAGCUGACUCUGCACUACAAAGUCCUAUGUAUUUCUUCCUCAGAAACUGGUCCUUCCCGGAGAUAGGUUUCAACUUGGUCAUUAUGCCCAAGAUGCUGGGGACCCUGAUCAUUCAAGACACAACCAUCUCCUUCCUUGGAUGUGCCACUCAGAUGUAUUUCUUCUUCUUUUUUGGGGCUGCUGAGUGCUGCCUCCUUGCCACCAUGGCAUAUGACCGCUACGUGGCCAUCUGUGACCCCUUGCACCCAGUCAUCAUGGGCCACAGUUCCUGUGCCCAGCUGGCAGCUGCCUCUUGGUUCUCAGGGUUUCCAGCGGCCACUGUGCAAACCACAUGGAUUUUCAGUUUCCCUUUUUGUGGCCCCAACAGGGUGAACCACUUCUUCUGUGACAGCCCUCCUGUUAUUGCACUGGUCUGUGCUGACACCUCUCUGUUUGAACUGGAGGCUCUGACAGCCACUGUCCUAUUCAUUCUCUUUCCUUUCUUGCUGAUCCUGGGAUCCUAUGUCCACAUCCUCUCCACUAUCUUCAGGAUGCCAUCGGCUGAGGGGAAACAUAAGGCCUUCUCCACCUGUUCCUCCCACCUCUUGGUUGUCUCUCUCUUCUAUAGCACUGCCAUCCUCACGUAUUUCCGACCCUGAUCUAGUGCUUCUCCUGAGACCAAGAAGCUGCUGUCACUCUCUUACACAGUGGUGACUCCCAUGUUGAACCCCAUCAUCUACAGCUUAAGGAAUAAUGAAGUGAAGGCUGCACUGAAGCGGGUUAUCCACAGGACCCUGGGCUCUCAGAAACUAUGAUUGGCUUAGAUGGAAACUGAAGGGGUAAAAUGUAAGUACACACACAAAAAAUAGAAAAAUGAAUUUGUCAAGUGGGUUUUGUGUUUCUACUCUUUCCAAGUGAUACAGUAUGCCUACUGAAAUUUUUUACUUUCUACUAAGACCUAUUUCUGAAAGAAAGAACAUGAGUAAUGUGCUACCUGACUUCAAACUAUACUACAAGGCUACAGUAACCAAAACAGCAUGGUAUACUGGUACAAAAACAGAGAUAUAGACCAAAGGCACAGAACAGAGCCCUCAGAAAUAAUACCACACAUCUACAACCAUCUGAUCUUUCACAAACCUGACAAAAACAAGAAAUGGGGAAAGGAUUCCCUAUUUAAUAAAUGGUGCUGGGAAAUCUGGCUAGCCAUAUGUAGAAAGCUGAAACUGGAUCCCUUCCUUACACCUUAUACAAAAAUUAAUUCAAGAUGGAUUAAAGACUUAAAUGUUAGACCUAAAACCAUAAAAACCCUAGAAGAAAAUCUAGGCAAUACCAUUCAGGAC